AUAUAAUACUUAAAAAGAUGCUUGAGCAAUUCUUUAUCCUUUCCGAUAGAGGGGAUACCAUAAUCACCAAAGCCUUUAGAGGGGAGUUAAACAGAAAAGAAUAUGAGGUUUUCUUCAGAAAAGUCAAGUUCUGGAAAGGUGAUGCCCCUCCCGUCUUCCACUCGGAUGGAGUCAAUUAUUACUUUACCAAGAAAUAUGGAAUGUUCUUUGUUCUGACAUCUAAGGAGCUCUGCUCUCCUUCGUUCGUAUUUGACGCAUUAUACAGAACAAUGAAGGUCUUUAGAGAUUACUUGGGUGUACUCGAUGAGGAAGGGAUCAGGAAGAAUUUCAUUCUCAUCUAUGAAAUUGUUGACGAAAUGUAUGAUUUUGGAUACCCACAGAUAAUGUCUACCGAAGUAGUCAAAGAAUUUGUAAUCAAUGAAGCAGUUGUGGUUUCUAAGCCUCCUUCUUCAGCAAAGCCUUCCAUCUGGAAUAAGAAUACAGUCAGUUCGUCUGCAGUGACCAGACCUGUGAGUUCUACUCUUAGCACAAAGAAGAAGACCAAGCGUCAGGAAAUUUUCGUGGAUAUUUUUGAUAAAAUUACUGUCCUAUUCAACUCAAAUGGAUUUGUGAUCAACUCUUCAAUCGAUGGAGUUAUUCAAAUGAAGAGUUAUCUUACAGGGAAUCCUGAGCUCAGGCUAGCACUCAAUGACAACCUCAUUAUUGGAGGAAGUGGAGAGAUGGGAAAGUCAGCAAUUACCGACUGUAGUUUCUAUGAAUGAGUUGAUCCUACAAACUUUGAAAAUACAAAAACUCUCACAAUUACUCCUCCUGACGGAGAGUUCCUGGUAAUGAACUAUAGAAUAACUGGGGAAUUUCAGACUCCAUUCCGUGUUUACACCUUCAUCGAUGAAGUAAAUCCAUUUCAGCUUCAGAUGGUACUGAAAGUAAGAGCCACUUUCCCUGGAGACCAUUAUGCAAAGAAUACUGAGAUAAAAUUCCCUGUGCCAAAAUCCACUAGCAGUGUCAGUUUCGAGGCUUCGCCAACACAAGAGGCUUCUUACAACAAAAGCGAACAAAAUGCAAAGUGGGUGGUAAAGACUUUCCAAGGUGCCAGGGAGUACUCCCUCACUGCCAAGAUCUCCUUAGGCAAGGCUGCUGAGUCCUCAACAAGAAAGGAAAUCGGUCCUAUUUCUAUGAACUUUGAUAUCCAUAUGUUCAAUGUAUCAGGAGUUACAGUCAAGUAUUUGAAGAUAGCUGGUUCCACUUCAAAGAGUGGACCACACAGGUGGGUCAGAUAUGUCACUCAGUCAUCUUCUUAUGUAGCAAGAACUUAAGAUGGUUUCAAUAUAA